GGCCAAUGAAAGGCGGGCCCUCAUGUGGGGGCUGCGCUGUAUAAAAACCAAGCGCUGCUGUAAUAUCAUCUCGUUUCUCCCAGCCGGAAAGCAGAGUAACACGCUGAGGACACCAUGUCUAUCAAAAAGAUCCAUGGAAGAGAAGUAUUUGACUCCCGUGGGAACCCGACUGUGGAGGUUGAUCUGUACACAAAUAAAGGACUCUUCCGUGCUGCUGUCCCCAGUGGCGCUUCCACUGGUAUCUAUGAGGCACUUGAGCUUCGGGACAAUGACAAAACUCGCUACUUGGGGAAGGGUGUCUCUAAGGCCGUUGAGCACAUCAAUAAAACCAUUGCACCAGCACUGGUUGGAAAGAAUUUAAAUGUUGUGGAUCAAGAAAAGAUUGACAAACUCAUGCUGGAAAUGGAUGGUACUGAGAACAAGUCAAAGUUUGGUGCGAAUGCCAUACUUGGAGUCUCUCUGGCAGUGUGCAAGGCUGGCGCUGCUGAAAAAGGAGUCCCCUUGUACCGUCAUAUUGCUGACUUGGCUGGGAACGCUGAAGUCAUCCUUCCUGUUCCGGCAUUUAAUGUGAUUAAUGGCGGAUCUCAUGCUGGUAACAAGCUGGCUAUGCAGGAGUUCAUGAUCCUCCCAGUGGGUGCCUCUUCAUUUAAGGAUGCUAUGCGCAUUGGCGCUGAAGUUUACCACAACUUAAAGAAUGUUAUCAAGGCUAAAUACGGGCAGGAUGCCACAAACGUUGGUGAUGAAGGUGGAUUUGCGCCUAACAUUCUUGAGAAUAAGGAAGCUCUGGAACUGCUGAAGACUGCCAUUAGCAAGGCUGGAUACACUGAUAAGAUUGUGAUUGGGAUGGAUGUUGCGGCUUCUGAGUUUUACCGUGAUGGAAAGUAUGACCUGGACUUCAAGUCACCAGAUGACCCCAGUAGAUACAUCUCUCCUGACAAGCUGGCUGAACUGUACAUGAGCUUUGUUAAAGAUUACCCAGUUGUGUCCAUUGAAGAUCCAUUUGACCAGGAUGACUGGUGUGCAUGGUCAAAGUUUACUAGCUCUGCAGGCAUCCAGGUAGUAGGUGAUGACCUGACUGUGACCAACCCCAAGAGAAUUGAGAAGGCUGUGGAAGAGAAGGCCUGCAACUGUCUACUACUAAAAGUUAACCAGAUUGGCAGUGUGACCGAAUCGCUGCAGGCAUGCAAACUGGCUCAAACCAAUGGCUGGGGAGUAAUGGUCAGCCAUCGAUCUGGAGAGACUGAGGACACUUUCAUUGCUGACCUGGUGGUUGGACUUUGUACUGGACAGAUCAAGACUGGUGCUCCAUGUAGAUCUGAGCGUCUUGCAAAGUACAACCAACUGCUCAGAAUUGAGGAGGAGCUGGGAUCCAAGGCUCGUUUUGCCGGCAGAAACUUCAGGAAGCCGAUCAUCAACUAAGAAUACACACUGCAAUUAACCAUUUUAAUGUAGUCACUGUACAACUAGAGGAGUCUGCAGGCGAUCACCUAAACCCUUCACUGCUGUAGAGGCCUGUCUUACCACAACCCCCUGCAGCACUUACUGUAUGGUGUCCUGGGCCCCAUUGUAAUCCUGCAGUUUCUGACCUUCCAGUCCCAGGAGCUUUGCUGCUUAUUAGGAUGAUUCCUUCUUUGUGUCACUCUCAGUGCCUGCAUGUUGUCUGUUUUUCUAUUGUGGCUGUGGUCCUGAUCACUUCAACUUUGUUUACUAGGUGUAUGUCACAUUUGUCAGGAGAGUAGGAAGCGGUUUGGGGAGUCCAGAUACUAUAUAGUUAUUAUGUAGUUCUGCAAAAGAGUAAAACUUUAACUCUGACAAUUACUUUUGUGUUUUCUAGCUUUAUGCAUUAUACUGUUCCAAUAGCGCAACACCUCAGACUGUGGCAUACUGUGCUUGAUGCAAGCUGUAUCUGUUUAGAAUUGGAAUGAAAUAAUCUUGCUUUAAGAACUAAAUGUGUUCCAGCUUGCAGAAGUUAACAUAUAAUACACUGAAUAAAAAACACAUUACAGGUG